AUGACCGUGAGGAGUGACUCAAUGAGGCCCUUGUCUCCUCAUCAACUCCGCAGUGAUGAAAAACAAGAAGCCAGGGGCAAGCCUCAAAGAAAGCUUUGGCUUUGGGGAUGUGUUGCCCUUCUUUUAACAAUUACAGCCUUAAUAAUCAUACUCAUAUUAACUGUUUUUCAGAUCAAGGAUCCAGAUAUCAAGGUGAAUUCCGUUACAAUUAAGCAAAUUGCGUUUGCUAAUAUUACUAAUGGUGGCCUUCCAAGCGGACUGAACAUCACACUUGUAGCUGACGUUUCUGUGAAAAAUCCUAACGUGGCUUCCAUAAAACUCGGUAACAGCACCAGCACUAUUUACUACGGUGGCAUAGUGGUGGGCGAAGGGCGGAUUCCUGCAGCAGUGUCCAAGUCAAAACGAACCCUGCGACUGAAUGUUUCCAUGGAUGUAAUUCCUAAGAAAUUAAUGGCCGUUCCCACCUUCACGACUGACCUGAUUUCUGGAGCAUUGAAUAUGAGCACUUAUACUAGGAUUCAGGGUAAGGUCAAACUUUUGAAGAGCAUCAAAGUAACCGUGGUGAUGAAGUUGAAUUGUACGGUCACGUAUAAAAUUUCGAGCCAGACCGCUCAAAGCCACUGCAAGCUUCGCCAUUAG